UUGGCGAGGCUGGGAGUCCGGCUCCGCUGGAAGCGAGCCUAGAGAAAGAAUUAACUGGAAAUUAGCCAGAGUGGGCGCGGUGCCGCGGUAAAAGUCCCCGCGGUGCCCGCGCGAGCCGCCGGUUGGGGCAGGUUCGCUGCUGCUGCAGCCCUACUCGGACUCCCAGUAGGUGCCCGGGAAGAGACACGCCAGGGAAGGAUUCCAGACCAAAAUUGAAAAAAUGGUGGACCUCACCGAGCUAAUGGAGAAUGAAGUAUUCAUGGCCUUUACUUCCUAUACAACGAUUAUUCUUUCAAAAAUGAUGUUGAUGAGUACUGCAACUGCAUUCUAUAGAUUGACAAGAAAGGUUUUUGCUAACCCAGAAGACUGUGCUGGCUUUGGCAAAGGAGAAAAUGCCAAGAAGUAUCUUCGGACAGAUGACAGAGUGGAACGUGUACGGAGAGCUCACCUGAAUGAUCUUGAAAAUAUUGUGCCAUUUCUUGGUAUUGGCCUUCUGUAUUCCUUGAGUGGUCCAGACCUUUCUACAGCCAUCCUGCACUUCAGACUCUUUGUUGGAGCUCGGAUCUACCACACGAUCGCGUAUCUGACACCUCUUCCCCAGCCAAAUCGGGCUUUGGCUUUCUUUGUUGGAUAUGGAGUUACUUUUUCAAUGGCUUACAGGUUGCUGAAAAGCCGAUUGUACUUGUAAAGAGAAUCAUACAACUCAUUAUUUUCCUAGAAUUCUGUACCUCCAAUUUAUAAUGAAUGCUUUUUUAGAUUCUAUGUGGAAGGGGAGCAGAGAGAUUAAGAUGGGGCAAUCAAGUCUGAAUGUUAACAUCACCAAUACCCUUUAUUUUGUUUUAUAUUUGUACUCAAAAUUUCACAUAAUUCUUAAGUCUUUUGGCUUCUUCUUUAUGUGCCUUGUUGUAAAUUCUGAUUAUAAUUUGUAACAUUCAUUCAACAUUUAAUAUUUGAAAUCUACAAAAAGGGUGAGUACAUGUGUGAUAAAUCUGUAUUGCAAUAUUGCUGAAUUGGAUGUAUGAAAUAAAGAAUUUAAAGAAUA